AUGUGCGGUCGCGAAAUACUUUUUCUAGUCAUUUCAAGUGAAUAUUAUAAGACUGCCACUUCAUGUGAAAAUACUCGUCGAUUCCUCUCUCUCAUGCCAGCUGCUCCUCUUAGCGCCAAGGAUUUGAACCAGCUGACUUUGGAAGCAAAAUAUGCUGUCAGAGGAAAAAUACCGAUUCGUGCUGACGAGCUUCGGUCAAAAUUGAAACAGGAUCCACUGAGUCUCACGUUUGAUCGAAUUAUCAGUGCUAAUAUUGGUAACCCUCAGCAAUUGGGUCAAGAGCCAUUGACUUGGUACCGCCAAGUGUUGUCAAUUCUUCAGUAUCCCAAAUUAGCGGAAGCAGACGACUUGUUCCCCAAAGAUGUUAUAUCUCGUGCGAGGAAUAUCCUUGAUAGUAUUGGAUCUAUAGGAGCUUACUCGCAUUCCCAAGGUGACUCCCUUAUCCGGAAAUCUGUGGCUGAAUUCAUAUCGAAGCGUGAUGGGUUUCCUUCCAAUCCCGACAACAUCUUUUUGACUGGUGGUGCUUCGGCCGCUGUGUCUUAUUUGUUUGAGAUAUUGUCAACUAGCGAUAAGUCUGGGUUUCUUAUUCCCAUCCCUCAAUAUCCGCUGUACACUGCUACUAUAUCGUUGAACAACGCCGUGCCUAUCGGCUAUUUCCUUGAUGAAAGUAACCAUUGGGCUACCAAUCCUGCUUCUAUCAGAGACUUGAUUCAUCAGAAUAAGCAAAAAGGAGUUGAAAUUAGCGCUUUGGUUGUUAUCAACCCAGGAAACCCAACUGGCGCCAUUCUUGAAAGAUCUGACAUCGUGGAACUCAUAAAUAUUGCGGCCGAAUAUGGGAUUGUACUCAUUGCUGACGAAGUAUACCAAAACAAUAUUUUUGAACGUGAAUUCAUUUCUGUUCGAAAAGUUCUCCACGAAUUGCUUGAAGCCAACCCAGAAUUGUACAAAUAUGUUCAGCUUGCUUCUUUACAUUCCACUUCGAAAGGUGUCAGUGGUGAGUGCGGACAAAGAGGUGGCUACAUGGAACUCGUUGGUUUCACUCAAGAAGUAAAAGACGUCGUCUUUAAAUUGGCUUCUAUCAAUUUAUGUUCUGUUGUAUCUGGUCAAGCUUUGGUGGAACUCAUGGUCAAUCCUCCUAAACAAGGUGAUCCUUCCUACGAGCUUUACCGCAAGGAGACCACGGGAAUUCACCGUGAACUUCAAGAAAGAGCAACAAAAUUGCACGCUGCUUUCAAUAAGAUGGAGGACAUCACCUGUAAUAAACCAAUGGGUGCAAUGUAUCUAUUCCCCAAAUUGAAUUUCACUAAAGAAUCAUAUGGUAGGCUUUUUGAGGCAGCAAACCAAAUGGAACUCACUGUUGAUGAACUUUAUUGUACCUCACUUUUGGAAGAGACUGGUAUUUGUUGUAUCCCAGGAAACGGGUUUGGACAAGUCAAGGGAACGUUCCAUCUUAGAACCACAUUCUUGCCAUCAGGAAGCGAAUGGAUUGAUAAAUGGUCAAAAUCACACGCUAGGUUUGUAUCUAAAUACAAGCUGUAG